GCCAGUAGGAAUCAACUUGGUCAGCGUUCAGUCGAGUCCAAACGAUCAGAUGCUGUGGGCGAUCGAUAGCAAAUGGAACGUCCACGUCCGAGUGGGAAUUACGGAGGAAAUGCCUGUGGGCACCGACUGGGAACAUGUACCAGGUUUGCAGGCCUGUCAGCUGGCUAUAAGUACAAGGACUGUUUGGGCACGCUGUCCAAAUGGAGACGUCGCUCGUCGGUACGGCAUUACGGACAAGAACCCGGCAGGAGACUACUGGAAGAAGAUCCCUGGAAACGUCUCGCGUUUAACAGUGACCCCUGUAGAUGAACUGUGGGCGAUCAGUGCUUCAGGAUCACUUCUCCAGCGCCUCACCAAGACCUUUAGCCAUUCCCACAGUUUGCAGAAGAAUAGUGACACUUCUGUUCUUCUUCACCCUGAUGAUUUUGAAGAUGAAUGGGAAGUGAUUUAAAGUCUCUCAAGCUUGUGAAGCAGUGAAAAAAAAACCCAGAAGGACAGAAUUUCUGUAAUGUAUGUACAGAACGUUGGAUCUAAAAGCCACUCAUAUUGGACCUGUGAUAUUAGCACUUUUGUAUUGAAAACCUGACCUGUUAAAUAGCCCCAGGCUGUGAGUUCUGAUGUCUGUUGCGGUAUCUCUUGGGAGACUUUUUAGGUGUGGCAUACUGUAAUUGAUAUAUACCAUACUACUGUAGAGGCUCCUUUGGAAAUAUAACUCUUUAACUUAAUCUUACUAGCAAUGGAAGUGACUAUUUCACAGCAGCAUGCACACUAAUACACGUGUACCUAUUUUGAGAAGGAAAUAUCUGUCGCAUUAAAUAUUUCUCUCCAGCAGAAACAUU